AUUCAACCCGUUCCUCUUGUACAUUAGAAUCAUUCUGAAUCAUUUGCUCUGAACAUGUGAGGCGCGAAGCAUAAAUAUACAUUUAAAAUAAUGCAAAGUGUUAUUACUCAAUUCUAAGACAGACAUAAUGAAUCAACUGAACCAUCAAUCGCCAAUGAUAUAUUGAAGUCGUAUUUCAUCAUUAAACACGAUCGUCAAAGUACAAUAAAAAGAUCAGAGAGUCAGAUAGUUAAACGUUUUUCGAGUGAAAUUUUAUUGUCAUUGCUGUUUAAUUUAGACGAAGCAAUGUUCUUGUGAUAAUAUCCGUCGGAUCCGAAAAAAAAUAAAUAAUUUCUGUGUUCAGACAUAAUUAAAUUUAAAUUGCUAGCUAAAACAAUGACCAAAAUCAAAUUUACCGGUCUUGCUCAAUUGUACGCUGAACCGUAAAGAGUUAUCGCUUUGAAAAAAAAAUAUAGCGAAAAAAAGCAUUGAUCUUCAUCGCCAAUGAAUGAUAAGAAAAUUUGACUUUUUUUAGUAUUGACUAGUGUCUCGUGACGUUCAGUUGAAAUUCCUAUUUAUUUCGUAUACUCGCAGUGUCGUAAUGUUUCGUCGAAGAAUGGUGUCAUAGAUAAAUAAAUUAUUGUUUGUUUAUGCUGCGCGCAAUUACUUUCUGUGAUAACCGAAAAAGAAACGUGAACUAUCGACAAAAAAAUUGUAGAAAAAAAAAUCCGGCAAAUAAAAUGAAAGAAGAAACAACAAAAAAUGACUUUGACUUAGAUUCAAUAUUGCCGGAACUUGGUGAUUUCGGUCGAUUUCAAAUCGUUGUUUAUAUUAUAUCUUGUGUGAUCAUAUCGUUAACAGCUGCUGUUGGACUGAGUUAUAUAUUCACCACCGGUCAAGUUGAUUACAGAUGUCGAAUACCAGAAUGCGACAAUAGCUCAUCGGUCUACAAGAGUGAUUGGCUGAACUUUACCACACCUGCAGCAAAGGGACGACCGGCUACAUGUACACGAUUCGUUAGCACACUAAAUCUAUCUCAAUACUACGAUGACAAUGUAAUGAUUGAGCCAAUCUGUAGUGCCGAUAAUUUUAAUCAAUCUUUAGUGGAGAGGUGCACGUCUGAUUUCAUUUACCGAAAUGAUGAAUUAACCAUUUUGAAUGAAUUCAACCUAACAUGCAUCGAAAACGAAUGGAAAUUGACAGCAGUAGGAUCCGUUGGUAAUAUUGCAGAGAUGCUUUGGCUUCCUAUAGCAGGACUCCUAUCCGAUCGAUUCGGUCGACGAACAAUACUGAUAACAUGUCUUCUGAUCGGUGGUACGAUGGGUCUGCUGAAAUCAUUUUCGCACAACUACUUGAUGUUCUUCAUUCUACAAAUAUUCGAAGGAACUCUAUCCACUUCGCCUUACAUUGCGGUAUUCGUCUUAGGAAUGGAGUUUGUCGGACCCAGUAAACGAGUGAUGGCCGGAACUCUCUUGAGCUCAACUUAUUGCGUCGGAGUGAUGCUGCUGGGUGCUGUCGCAAUGUACACCGAACAUUUCAGGCAUUUGCUGCAAAUACUGUAUGCGACUGUGUUGCUGGUGUUGGUGAUUAUUUGGUGGAUGCCGGAAAGUGUUCGAUGGCUGAUCCAAAUGGGCAGAAAUGAAGAAGCGGUAAAGAUUAUUCGAAAUGCUGCUGUGACAAAUAAGGUGACUUUGUCCGAAGAAACGGAACUGGAACUCGAAAGGUUGAAAUUUAAAGUGACCGAUAAAACUGAAAAUCAAAUAAAUGGAAAAAGUGACAUUCAAAGUGCGUUGCGAUCAAAAACUAUUUUACUUCGAUUGUUGAACUGUUGCUACUGUUUCUUUGUGAACGAUUUAGUGUAUUUCGGCUUAAGUGUUCAUUCGGUUGCCCUGGGCGGUAAUAAGUACACCAAUUUUAUAUUGAUCGGACUAUCUGAAAUACCAGCCGUUCUGUCAUCGUAUGUGCUAAUGGAUAAACUAGGCAGAAAAUGGUCAAUAUUCCUGUCCAUGAUGAUCAGUGGUGGAGCCUGUAUUUUAACUGAGUUUUUACCAGAAGAUGCAUUGACAUGGCGCUUGGUCCUAUUCAUUUUUGGCAAAGGCGGAAUAUCCGUAUCAAUUACAGUGCUAUACGUUUACUGCUCCGAACUGUUUCCAACAAAUGUGCGUCAGAGUCUGCUAAGUGUAGGAUGUACAUUCGGACGAUUGGGAUCGAUGGCUGCGCCUCAGACGCCAUUACUCGCUCACAUCUGGCCCGCCCUACCACUUCUAAUAUUCGGUGGAACGUCGCUAAUGUCUGGAUUGUUUAUCCUUUUCCUACCGGAAACGUUGAAUGCUAAGCUGCCAGACACUCUAGAAGAUGCAGAAAAUGUCGGUGUCACUAAGAAAUAUGCUGCUGUUGAAUUGAAGUCGUUGAAAAUAUGAUGGAUGGACAAGGGAUUAGAAUAGCCAAUUUUGAACAUUUUAUCGACGACAAAAAAAAGUUUGUUAAGUUUUUUAACUUCCUCUGAAAUAUUUGUGAUCUCUAUUAAGGUAAACUACUUAAUUUUCUAAAUAAAUAUUUAAUUGAAAUGGUGGUACAGAGAGGAAA